CAACCAAUAAGACCAAUCUGACUUUUGUCCUUUUGUCUGGUUCCUUCGACCAAAAGCUGAACUUUGGGGUUAUCGAUUAUGGCUGCUUCUGGGUUGACAGAGUACUUUAGCCCUCCGAAGAAGCCGAAGUUGGACAAAGCCUCCGGAGAAUCGAGUUCCGGCUCCACAUACCGCAAACUCCGGAAAUACGAUCCGUACGACGAUGAAUACAUACGACAGUACAUCUUAUACUACUAUCAGUUCCAUAAGAGCGAGGGUUUCGUGAUUGAUUGGGAUAAUUUCGAUUAUUGGUUCAGUAAUAUACCUGUCAUAGAGCCAUAUCCUCUCUCUCAGUACAGGACCAAUGCUGAAGUAAUCCGUGAUGUGGUUUGCGGUGCCAUUAGCCAACACAAUGCAGAUACGGGAACUAGGCUUGUGUUUGUCGAUCACGUUUCGGCAAGUUACAGGUGGUGUGCUGGUAUGCUUUAUUGGAUAACGUUCUGGGCUAGGGAUUUGGCAUCAUCCAGUCCCGAGCCUAAACUUUAUCAAACUAAUGUUCUCUGGUGUGGACCAAAAGUAUGUGAGAUUCAGAUCUUCAGGCCCAAACCAACUGAUGAAGAGAUUGCUGCUGUUCAAGUGGAUCCUCCUCCUCCAUUGUAUGAUGAUGUCCCAGAGUUACCCACCAUAUUGUUCACCGUAACGGGUCCAGGGUCUGGUUACAUGUCCAUACCCGAAGUUUCCUUCACUCGGAUUCCUGCUGAAGUUGAGCCCGCGUCUUCAUCAAAAUCCACACCGUGAAAACCAAAACGCUAAAUCCUUGAUUGUCUUUGUCUACCUUUCUUUCUUCUUUGUUGGAUUCAUCUUAGAUAUAUAUCAAUAUAUCAUUAGGAAGCCUAAAUAGCUUUGUUCGUAACUUAUGUUCUUAAUUUGUAGUGGAAUCCUUAUUUUAAAAUCUAAUCAUAUUUUAAAACUUCAGUCCU